UACCUUGAGACUGUGUGAUCCUCUAUAAGACUAUUUCUGCACUUUUGCACAUUUAGUUGUUGAAAAUAUAAUUUCUUUAAAGAACGUUUUAAGAUGUUUUGCUCCGCGCUGCUGCUUCUGCUGCUUCUCUGCAACUGGGGUUUGCUCGGUUUUGUCUCGGGUUCCCCCGCUGUGGAGGAAGCUUACGGGGCUGUGGCGAGCAUCUUGUCUCCGGGACAGUCGUAUCUAACCGGGGAAUCCCUUCACUCCCUCUUUAAUACACUGGAGAAACGUGUGCAAUGCGGCGAAGUGCCGUGUGAAAAGUGUGAUCUUGCAGAUGCGGUUCAUCAGCUCAUAAGCAAUCAAUUCGUCCACAAGGAGGAAGAAAGUCGAACAAGCGGAGAAAAUGUGACAGUCACUGUAUCUCAAUUCACGGCUCUCACCUCCGGCUGCGUCCUGUACCUUUUUUCUCCUGGCCUGGUCUGCACCGCGAUAAGGAGGGGGACAUGGGGAGAAGAGGCUGAACAUUUCCUGCACAAAUUCACACAUCAUGAUCACCAAGAACACAAAAGCGAGCCACACCAUGAUCAUGAACAUAUAGACAUUCAUGGAUUAGAAGGCAUCAUUCAAGAGCUUCACAACCACUAUGAGCCCACAGAAAGCGAGAACUGUGUAAGCGCCAGUGACAUCAUGGCACAGGUCAACGCAUCACCAGGCGACCAGAUACGAGAAGUGGGCGCCGUUCUGGGAUAUGUGCUGUAUCACACCCUGCAAGGUCACUGCUUCACUGAUCAGUCCCUGCCCGAGGAGGGCUUCUUUGUGGACUACAUUAUGGACCGACUGGGCACCGAAAAUUUCACUGUCCAGGACUUGAAAGCUCUCAUGAAGAGCCUGAACAUCGGGCCUGACCAGGAGGAAGACCAUGAGCAUGAACAGGAGCAUAGAAAUAACCACAUGGAAGAUGAACAUGUGGAUCAUGAUCACAGUGUACAGAGAUGGAGGAAGAGACACAGUCAUGACCGUGAUGAAGGGCAUGAAAGAAAUGGCACCUGGGAACAGCGUUGUUUCUCGGCUGAACAGCUGGUCCUGAUCUAUGGACUGGAAGAAAACAGCUCUGCCUCUUCUGGUCUGGGUCGGCCUGCUGUGGCUCAGCUCAGCACAGCACUGGUCCAGCAGAUCCUGAGUGGAGCCUGUGCAGAUAUCACAGAUCCACCAAUACCAGAUGGGCUCUCCAAGACCGAGAGAUACAUCUAUGCAACCAUUGCCAAUUUGGUGAUAACACUGACAUCCAUGUUUGGCAUUGUGGUGCUGCUGUGUACCGCCUGUACCAGUGGUUUCCAGAUGUGUAUCCAGUUUUGCAUCAGCCUGGCAGUUGGUUCACUGACUGGAGAUGCCCUACUGCAUCUGAUACCCACGUUUCUGAAUUUACACGUCCACUCAGAGAAUGAUGGCAGCAGCAAACAUACAAGUCGCAGUCACGAAGAAGGAAGUCCAGACUACAUAUACAAGAUGCUGGUACUCAUGGCAGGGAUCUACUACUUUUACCUGAUGGAAGUUCUCUUCUCUCUGAUCACUCACAAAGAUGAAAAUAAGCAUCAUAACCAUAACCAUGAGGAAGCAUCUGAGCCUCACCACUGUGACCACGGGAGAGUUUUAGAGAUGUAUCAAAAGGAAAUGAAACAGAAAGACAAGUUACAGUCCACAUCAAAAGCAGACCUGGUUAGCUGUGAAAACAGUGAGAAAUCUUUUCCAGAGCCGAAAGAGCGCACCAGAGAACAGCGUCUGCUGCCUUACAUGAUUACAAUUGGUGACGGGAUCCACAACUUUGCAGAUGGAUUAGCGAUGGGUGCGGCUUUCGCCCUGUCCUGGAAGUCUGGUCUGGCCACAUCGCUGGCUGUACUCUGCCACGAGUUACCACAUGAACUUGGUGAUUUUGCCAUUUUGCUCCACAUUGGCGUGUCUGUCCGCAGGGCGUUAAUUUUAAACUUUUGCAGUGCCCUGAUCUCAUUUAUUGGCCUGUACAUCGCUCUGUCUGUGGCCACUGACCUCGCUACCAAACAGUGGAUAGCUGCCAUUACUGCAGGGCUCUUUUUAUAUGUGGGACUGGCUGAUAUGCUGCCCACCAUGAUUCAUAUCAGCAACAAAAGACCCUGGCUGACAUUUCUGCUGCAAAAUGUUGGCCUUUUGACCGGAUGGAGUAUUUUGUUGUUAUUGUCUCUUUAUGAAGAGAAAAUCCAUUUUUAA